AUGUCUCAAUACCAUCUUCCUACUUUAUUGAACCCACUAUUAAAUGCCGUUUUCAAUUGUCCUGAUCCAUCACAUUCUCCCUUUAAAAAAUUAUUCACUACUUUGAAAAAUCAACAAUUUAUAUUAUUGGUACCACCUACUUCUACAUUAUUGAAUUAUACAGAUUCUUAUUACAAACUUUCCUUAAAUGAAUUAUGUUAUCAUAACUCGGACUUCCUCGGAUCCCACAUAUUAACAUGGUCAAACGCUAUUGACAGUAAUAAAGAUUCAACAACAACAAAUGACGAUGAAGAAUUCGAUAAUUUAAAUGGUAAUAAAUUCAUCAUAAAAUGGAAACAUAAUAUAAUAUUCACAAGGGGAAACUUCUCGAAUGAUCAACGAUUUAAAAUCUUGAAAAUUCAUCCAUUAACGAAUUUUAAUGAUUAUUUUCAUGGCUCCAAGGAAUUUUUUUUGAUUUUCAUUGAUAAACCAAUAACUGUAUCAUCUUUAAUUGCGAAUGAUUCCCUAAAAUGUUUACUUCCUAAUACCAGGGAUUUGAAAUCACAAGAGAAAGAAACUCCCUUAGUUCAAGAUUUAUCACAACAAUCUAAAUCAUCAUUUGAAAAUGAUUUAAAUAAAAAUGAAGCAUGGAAUUUGAAAUUUGGAAUCCUAUCCAAUAAUUAUAAAAUAGAAUCAUCAGAAUUGGAACCAAACCAUAAAUUGUUUAGAGAACUUGUCAAUGAAGCAUUCAUUGAAAUUGAUUCAAAGAAAUUUUUCCAAAAGAAAAAAAAUUUCACCUCUGAUCAAUUAUUCCAAUUAACUCAUGAUUAUAUGGAACGUCACUUAUACGAUGAAAUAUGGUCACGUAUAUGGAAAAUGAUGAUGAACUCGGUAAAAAAUUAUGCCGAUGAUCAAAAGGCACAGCAUUUAAUCAAGCAUUUCUCCAUAGUGGAAAUUGAUCCAAAUUUUUAUGAUAUUUUCCCUUUAAAAUUUGUCCCAAUGUUAGAAAAAAAUUUAAAACAUUCAGUAACAUGUAUAAAUAAAUUGAAAUCAACUAAAUCCUAUACUGAAAAAUCAACAAUCUUAAUUGAAUCUUUACAAAUUAUAACGGAUAGUAAUACUGGCGGCGAAGAAAGCAAAGAUAAGAAUAAAUCAGGUUACCUUAUUGAUGCAGAUAAUUUAUUAAAUUUAUUAACUUUGGUAAUACUUCAAUCGAACAUAACACUUCAUGAUUUGAAAGCAAAUUUAUACUAUCUCAAAUACUUUAGUACCGAUGAAUCAUCAUCAAGUUUUGGUAUAUUAAAUUAUACUAUAGCCACUUUCCAUAUGGUCAGUCAUGUAUUAGAAAAUGUUAUAGAUUGGGAUCGUCUCAAAGAAAAAUCUGAUCUGAUUGAGGAGUUAAUCAUGACAGAUGAUUUAUCAACGUUAUCUAGUACCUUCGAGAAUGAUAAGAAGACUUUAUUAAUGUACAGAAAUUCGAAUGGAGAAUCACUUUUAGCGUUAAGCAUUAUAAACAAACAAAAUAAGAAAUUUACACAAUAUCUAAUAGAGUAUGAGGAUAUAUUAAAUAUGGAUAUUAUUUCAAACGAUCAAUCCAUGGAUUCAUCAACUUUAUUAUUACAAGCUAUACGAUCGAAUAAUUUUGAAGCUGCUAUUAUUCUCGUCAAGCUAUUAUUCCAAAAUUGUCGAAAUCAAAAGGAACUUAUUUCAUAUAUUAAUCAAGUGGAUAUUCAUAAUAGAAAUAUUGGUCAUUACUUAGUCAUCAAUUUAACCAUUUUGAAAAUUAUUGGUCAAUUUAUAAAUUGGAAACAAAAAGAUGUUAACGGUAGAACACCUUUGUUUACAAUAUUUAGAAGCUACGAUCAAUCUAAUUAUGAUGAACUUGUUUGUCAAGUAUUCCAAAUAGCCAUUAAAUGGUAUGCUGCAAAUAAUUUGAAAUUUCAAAUGAACGAUCAUGAUGAUUCAAACGGUAAUUCAUUGUUACAUAUCCUACAAAAUAAUAUUUCUAUCCUUUUGGAUUAUGCUAAAGACCAAAAUAUCCCAAUUAACUUGAAUAAAAUGAAUUGCAAAGGUUUUACGCCAUUAAUGAUGUAUUUCAAAUAUAAACGUUAUGACAAUAUAAGGAUGAUAAUAAAGGAAGAAAAAUUGAUUUUCAACAAAUUCCAAUCCCCAAAUUUUAUUGAUUGUUUUGAUUAUUCAGUGGAUAGUUCCAUCAUGAAUGAUAUUGGGGAAUUUUUACUAUCCAACGGACAAUUAUUUGGGAAAAUAAUAGUUUUAUCUUUGAAAAAGCAAAUGAGUACUGUACCAUCUCUGCCGCGUGGGUUAUAUAUUAAUUAUACCAUACUAAUAGAUGAAGCUGAUAAGUCCACGUUAACGAAAACCAUGAAGUUCACCUCAUUGGUCAAAUUUCUAAAGAUAAUGAAGCGGAAAUAUGCCAUUAGUUUCUUACCCCUUGAUACAUUAUUGAAUGAAUCACAAUCAUUUCUAGAUAAGAAAAGUAAAAAUAAUAAUAAUUUGAGGACAAUCCCAUUACGUUAUAUUGAAAAGUUAAGAAUAAGAAGAUUUUUGAAAAGAUUAAAUACAUGUCUUGAUGUAUUAUUACAUUUUGAUGAUUCUACUAUUGCUACGCCUUUAUUAUUAUCUGAAACAGAAUUAUUGGAAUGGAUCUCUAUAGAAGAAUCAAAAUUAAGACGAAGUUCAACAACGCCGUCGGCAAAAUCCAAGCUUGAAAAUGCUAUGGGGGAAAAGAAGAAGAAAGAGUUGAAACCUGAAAAUAUUAAUAUAAUUCAAAAUUUCUUAAAAUUCAAUCUAAAUGAAUUAAACACAAUAUCAAUGAACUUGAAAGUUUUAAGUAAACUAGUUAUAUUUAUGAAUCUAAAAACAUUAGAUAUUCAUGAUGCACAAAUCAGGUUUAAUGGAUUGGUAAAAGGUUUGAAUAACAAAGAAGUUCCAUCAAUUAUUGAGAAAUCGUUCAAUGUGAUCGAUUCAUCAAGGUAUGAUGAUGAUAAGGGAGUAUUAUUGGAAUCAUUACAUGAAGAUAUUUCUUUUUUUAAUGAAUGUACAUUAAAACUAAUUCAUGAUGUUGAAAAUAUUAUCAAGAUAAAGAUCCCAAAUUGGUGGAAACUUUACGGGGAGUUGUUAGAGUUGAAUAAAUAUUAUCAUAAGAACUUCCCAAAUUGUGUGGUGCACGCAAGACGAACUGACCUUUUAUCAGGAAAUAACGCCAAUACCAAUACUAAUACUAAUACUAAUACUAAUACUAAUAGUCCUCAACGUCUUCAUCAUCAUUCAGAGCACCAGAAUAAUUCUAAUAAUGGUGUAUUUGCAAAUUUGAUUGAGAAUCAAAAGAAUAAAUUAGAAAGGAAGACCUCUCAUCAUAUUGACGAAACUAUUAGCCUGCUUGAGUCAUUAGGUAGUGGAUUGUUGAAUAAACAUGAACAUCUUGCAGAAGAAUUAAAUAGAUAUAUGGAGUUCAAAAACAGGUUUUUUGGAAGAAAUAUAAUGAAAAAUUUUGUAGGAGAAGAUAUUAAAUUAUUAGAGGAACAUGUCUUGGUGUUAAACGAGAAUAUGAAUAAGAAUAACGAAAUGUUUUUAACAUCAUAG